CACUGGAAUGCAAUAUUGAUCUCAUUUCAUCCUUCACCAUCUCAUCCAGUCUCUCACACCACCUCUUUUUGUGUCACACAUACACUAUACAUGAAUGUUCAGGUGGCGCUCUGCACAUACAUUGUAUUGUUAACAUUGACUAUUUUGUGUCUACCUCUAUAAUAUGUUAGAAGCCAAGACCAGAUAAGUGAGGCUUUUACAAUACACAAACACGCACAGGACUGACCAAUGGUCUUAUGAAGGAAGGGAGGUUCCAGAAGUGGAGAAGAAGGUUCUCAGAGAGCCUCCUGCGACUGGGAUCAAGUACUGGGCGUCUGGAAAACCGCUCUCCCUCUCGCUCCCCCUCCAACGUUCUCAGCAACGCCACAAGCAGGCCCAGAUCACUGAGUCUCCAGCAAGUGGACAUGGUGACUAGUAGUCGGCAGAGGACUAGCACCAUCUCUGGCCCAGCCUAUGCGUCAGUUGGUCCCUCCUUCAUGCACCACGUGGCCGUCAAGAACUUUGGCUCCACAGGGAACCUUGUCAGCAGACCUCCACUUGGCCGGAGGAGCUCUCUUGGACCUUUGGGCAGUCCAUUUGGGCAGCUGGAUACGUACAAGAAGCUGGAGGCUCUUGGAGAAGGAUCCUAUGCCACUGUUUACAAGGGUAUUAGUAAUAUCACUGGUCAGCUGGUGGCCCUGAAGGAGAUCAGACUGAACACAGAGGAGGGCACUCCCUUCACUGCUAUCAGAGAAGCAUCCUUGCUGAAGGGACUAAAACAUGCCAACAUUGUCACUUUACAUGAUAUCAUACAUACUUCCACCAAUCUCACUUUCGUCUUUGAAUAUGUGGAUACAGACCUCAGUCACUACAUGGAGAAGCGGCCAGGCCCCCUCGACCCAAACAAUGUCCGACUCUUUAUGUUUCAGCUCAUCAGAGGACUGGACUUCUGCCACCGACGAAAGAUUCUCCACAGGUACGAAGAGUCUUUAGUAGUGAAAAUGACACGGUUACACGGAACAUCUAUGACUAGAUACAUAUCAAGAUAUCAUACGUUGCUGCCUAUACAUAGUCUUAUUAACCCUCGGCACAUGUGCACAGUGAGGGUUGUUUUUAGUAGCCACAGUUUUGCCACCACGUGCACCAAGCUAGCCAAAAAAAUUGACUGAGUGGUAUGUUGGCUUCAGUUUCAACUUUUUGGGUUCUGCUCUGGAAAAAGAGAGUGCUAAGCAUCCAAGCCCCUGAUAGUUCUUUUUGGGCACAUGUCUGUGUUUGGUGGUGUUAAACUUGGUAUAACUGCUCUAAGAUGGAUGCUCAUCGUGACCUUCAUGACAUAGGUAUGUUUGACCUUGUCCGCCCCCGUUCCAGCCUCACCAACACCCAUUGUAAAACUCAUGGAAUGUACUUAACUGUAGGAGAAGGCCCAGUGUUCAGACCAAAUUUUACACAACGCAGCGUGUUCAGCAUCAGUCACUAUUCUGAAGCCAGUGAAAUUGUAGCUCUUGCAACCAUUCGGUAAUGUUCUGUGGGCUCCAUAACCACGUUCUGCAGAGCUUUAUGUUACUCUCAUCCUCUUACUGUGUGUGGUACAUAGGCAGUUCACCAUGUGCAAGUCCACAGGUGGAAGAAGGGCUUGAGGUAUACAAUGCAAUACAUGUGUUAAAAAAACUUUGCUACACACGCACAACAUAAGAAUACGACACACACUAACUAUGAUAUUAAUCAAACCCACUGUACCAUCGCGUCGCAGAAGACAAUUAAUUGUUUUCAGUGUACCCUAUACCCACAUUUUACUAUUCAAGGGGUCAAAACAACUAUGAUUCGAGCCCAUUAUUACUGUCAGGUACUGGCUUUCUUAACAUAAAAACCUAUCAGCGGUAGGGAGUGGAGUUUUUUGCCAAUCAUAGUGCAGUAAAUUCAUUUACAGAGACCUCAAGCCACAGAACCUACUCAUCAGUGACAGUGGAGAGCUAAAGUUAGCUGAUUUUGGUCUGGCACGGGCAAAAUCAGUCCCCACUCGGACCUACUCCCAUGAAGUGGUCACCCUGUGGUACAGACCGCCUGAUGUACUCAUGGGCUCUACUCAAUAUUCAACCCAGCUGGACAUGUGGUGAGCUGCUUGCAAGAGACAAGCAAUUUCAGUCGCAACUCUUACCCAAUCCCAGGGGAGUUGGCUGCAUAUUUGUGGAAAUUCUUACAGGAAAGCCUCUAUUCCCUGGAAUGAAGGUUUGUUACACUACUGUAUUAUCUAGCCCUCUAGAGCCUUUUAAUCAGGCCUUGCAAUGUAGCAUCUCUCCCCUCUAGGCCUUACUUCAAGGUAUUGCUCUUGUGAUCAACUGCUGCUGGAUUGAUAGUGUCUGCAUUAUGGUUUGAUUGUGUGAUUGUAACGGCGUUGCUGGUAUCAGCUCCUUCUCCAUGCUGACUGGUCACAUCCCUAAUGAUACUUCAGUCAUUUGCACCACUAGGGUGGGCUCCAUUCCGCGUCCAAAUGUUAAGUACAUGAUUGGUUGGGAGUGGCACAAGUGCAAUAAGAGGGGU